ACCGAACGGGAUGUCAAUACAUUUCUGAUUUUGUUGUGAUCGCGAUAACGAACCGCUUGUAUUCGAGACAAUUUUACCAGAAUGGAGCAGAAAUUAAAGCUGCUGGUAUGUGGCGAUGUACGUGGGAAACUUAAGGCGUUUUUCGCGCGCAUUGAAAACGUAAACAAGAAGAGCGGACCAUUCGAUUUGGUAUUAUGCGUUGGUGAUUUUUUCGGCUCCAAUCCCGAAAUGGAAAUAUUAGAGGAGUAUAAAAGGAAUACAAAAACAGUUGCUGCACCGGUGUACAUACUUGGUCCUACUCGGAAGGAACUCGCUCAAUACUAUGCGGAUACCGAUGAUGGAGACAUAUGUACAAAUCUUAGCUACCUAGGGAAGCGUGGUGUUUAUACAACAUCUGGUGGUCUUAAAAUUGCUUACCUCAGUGGCAUCGAAAGCUCAGAGGAAUCCACUGAUAACAAUGAGUGGAGUUACGGUAAAGCUGAUGCUAUUGCUGUUCGUGAUUCAUGUUUAGCCAGCAAGGCUAAUCUGGGAGAUUUCAGAGGCAUUGACAUCCUGCUAACAACGCAGUGGCCCUUUGGUAUGCAGGAAAAUGUGAAAGAUAGCUCCAAACUGGUUUCGUGGCUAGCGAAUGCUGUAAAACCGCGCUACCACUUUUGUGGAUUAAAUGAUGAAUUUUACGAAUCACCACCCUACCGAAAUCUGCCGGACAAAAACACUCAGAUGGAACUGGCUACUCGUUUUGUUGGAUUGGCCAGCUUCGGAAAUCCGGAAAAGAAGAAACACAUUUACGCCUUGAACAUAACGCCAGUAGAAAAGAUGCGUGUGUUGGAAUUGAUACAGAAAACUACCGACGAAAUUCCUUCCCCCUAUUCGGGUCUAUCGCUGCUUACAGAAAGCCAAGGUGCCACGGCUGAGAAGAAAGACGAUCAAUACUUUUACGAUAUGAACACGUACGAUGAUAAUCGGCGAAACAAGCGACGAAGCAAUGAUCCCAACCAGGGUCAGAAGCGUGCCAGACCACCAACAUUCGAUCAGGAAAAGUGUUGGUUUUGUCUGUCUGCCGGUAGUAUCGAGAAACACUUGAUAAUAUCGGUUGGAGACCAUUUUUAUCUAGCACUAGCGAAGGGACCAAUUAGCGAAACACAUAUCCUAAUUCUCUCCAUCACACACAUCCAAUGUGCGGCACUACUCUCUGAGGCGCAAUGGACCGAAUUGGUACGCUUUAAACAAGCGCUCGCACAGUUUUAUGUGGAUCGAGAUCAGAAAGUAUUCUUCUAUGAACGUAACUUCAAAACGGGCCACCUGCAAAUCAAUGCCAUCGGUAUCGAUGAGAACGUGGCGUGGAAGAUACAGCACGUGCUGGAAGAUAAGGGUGAAGAGUACAGUGUACAGUUGGAGAAGGUACCGACGCUCAAUGCUCCUAGCGAUCUGCCGGAAAGGGGACCCUAUUUCGUGGCAGAACUUCCCGACGGAACGGUCAUGUUGACGCGCCAAAUGAAAGGAUUUCCGCUGCACUUCGGACGAGAAGUGAUAUGUGCGGACAAUUUGCUGAACUGUGAAGAGAAAGCGGACUGGCGGCAGUGCAACUGCACGAAGGAGGAAGAGGACGAAAUGGUGAAAAACUUUCGCGAAAGUUUCAAACCUUACGACUUCACGGUUUAAUGAAUUCGAGUGAGAUAUAAUGAAAAAAUAGAUUUUGUAAAAAAAAUGGUGCGGUUUUGCAACUUUUCUUCUAUUAUGUGUGGAAAAUUUCCACAAGUAUAGUUGUUUAAAAAUUAAAAAAACGAUCACAAAGCAUUGAAAUAAAAUUCAACAUGGCCGCCGGGGGUAA